AUGCCCGAAGGAACGAUUGAGCGCCCGCUCUCCCCUUCCCGUCCCAGGGACUGCGGACACGAGUGCAGAGUGUGCAAGGUGAAGGUGGUGAGCCUGACCGACUACGCCAGCCACAUCUCCAGCCCCACGCACAAACAGAACGCGGAGGCCGCGGACAAGAAGCAAGGGAGGAGCGACCGGGACGAGGAUUACUUCGACCAGGCUUUGGUGGAGCUCAUCGAAAAGAGAAAAGAACAGAUCCGGAAAGAGAAGGAGGCCGCAGCGGCAAAGCUCGCAAAAGAUGAAGAGGAACGAAGGAAAAAGGAGGAGUUUCAGCAGCGACUUCAGGAAGUCAAGGAGCGCUACCGCCUGGAGCGCGUGUGGCAGCCGCCGUCCGCGGGCUUCAGUGGACCCGGCCACCACACCCCCUGGUACCGGGGCAACCGCUACAGCGACGGCCGCGGGGAGCCAAAUCCCUGGCACCACAACAAACAGGGGAAGAGCGCCACCUGGCACGCGCAGGAGCCUCCAAACCUACAGAGGUGGGCGUCCGGCGACUUUUACAACGAAAAAUUACGGAGGCCCUGCGAGGAGGGCGGCAGGACGUGGGACCGCGGCUCGUACUCGGGCAGUCAACCAAACCGGCUGCCCUGGCUCAGCAACGGAGGCAGCAGCAACGGGCUCUACGGGCAGAACAACAUCUCCAGCCACGCGCCCAGGGCGCGGCCCCAGAGCUUCGUGGGGUUUCCGACCCCACCCAGCUUCUUCGCCCAGCCCGCGAGCCAGCUUCCGGGCGCGGCCCACAACAGGGGGGGUCAGCCGGGUGCAGGGCCCCAGCGCGAAGAGGCGCCGUCGGAGUCGGACCACAACGGCAGCAAGAACUCCAAGGCGUACGGCAGCAAUCCAAAGCUGGACAAAGGCUGCCGCUGGUCACCCUAUCCGGUCACAUCCGGCCCCCACGGUGACGCCCACGCGGCCACGUCAGAGAAGUACCACAAGGCCUCCAAAGCCCAGAAGCCGGAGUUCGGCGCCCUCAACAAGCAGUCCCAGCCGGAGCAGAAAGUAGCCCAGUCGGCGCCAGCCAGACAAAGUGAGGGAGAGAGCAAAGGGUAUCCGACCAAACCGAAAUCCAAAGCAGCAAAUAAGAGCACGAGCAGCAGCAAAGGCAGCGGCCCCCAAAGAGACGAGCCCCAGGCCUCGACGUACGGCCCCUCUGGUCAGAAAGCAGGGAAACCGCAGUCGCAGCUCGAUCGAAAGAGCCCGGCGGCCCCCGGGGCUGAGCUCAGCAAGGCCUCCGGUCAGCCUGCGCCGCAUUCGAAACCCGGCGGGCUGCCUCAGCCGAGGAGGGACAGGCACGCCCCCGAGUCGCUCAGGGCCGCCGGGCAGGUCCUAUCUGAAAAGAGGCGCUCUUUGGAUAGCUCGCUCAACUCCAGGGGAGAGAUGACGCAGCCAAGUGUAGAGGAGCAGCAGGCGGGUCGAGUCGGAGCGAACGACGACCGGAGCGGCCGCCAGCCUUCCGCCAAACCGUCGACCGACGGGGCGGCGCCGGAAAAGCCCCCAGCGCCUCCCUCAGACGCCGGCGGCUUCCUGCAGUCUCUGCAGGUCAGCACCUCCGUGACGGAGAGCUCAGAGCCCGCGCCUCCAGUCGGGGACGGCGCGGAGAGCAAAGCGAGGGCGGCGGCGGCGGCAGCAGUGGCGCCGGACGAGGCGGCCGAGGCGGGGCUGAGCUCGGAGGGCGGCGACGCGCAGGCCCUCCCGGGGACGCACCUGGCGCCGACUCGGUCCAAGCUGGACCUGCCCCCCGUGCUGACGCGCGACCUCACCAAACACAUCAGCCCCAAGGCCAAAGCCGGAGGCCACGAGCCCAACCUGAACAUCGCCAGGCGGGUGCGGAACCUGAGCGAGUCGCGGAGGAGCGACACGGAGAAGGACUCGGGGCUCAAGCCGACCGUGCGGCAGCUCAUCAGCUCCUCCGGGUCACGCCGCAACGUCAACUGGGAGCAGGUGUAUCAGGAGGUCAGGAAGAAGAAAGACAAGGGAAAAGGCAUGCCCAGGUUUGGGAUCGAGAUGGUGCCGUGCGAGCAGGAGUGCCACAGCCAGGAGGAGGAAGAUCUGGCCCUCCUGGAGGGCUUCCAGUGGGAGUCGCUGAUGGACGUCUCAGUCCAGGGCAGCUCCCGAAAGCGCUCGCUGUCCGAGAGCAGCCUCGCGCCCGCUCUGUUUUCGUCCUUCGCGGAGGAGGAGGAGGCGCCGCAGAGCAAAGGCCUCAGCUCAGAGCAGCGGAGGCCCGCAGGAAAUCAGGAUGAUAGUCUGGGUCAGCCGGAGGCCGGAGUGCAGAGGCAGCCAGAGACGCUGAGGUGCUCCACGGUCAGAGCCCUACAGCGCUCCGACUCGGUGCUCGGGGACAGCAGCUCGGGGACGGAGCAGCAGGACGGUCAGGGGACGGGCAAGAGGCGGAGAGCAGCCGGGGAUGUUCCCAACACAGAGCCAUCUUGCUUGGGGCACGAUAGCAAAAGAAGGAAGGUCAAAUCCAAAAAAGAGCGACUGCAGAUCGACCAGCUGCUCGCUGUGUCUCUGCGGGAGGAGGAGCUGAGCCAGACCUUGCAGAGUGUGGACACCAGCCUGAUCCAGGCCCGGGCCACGCUGGAGGCCGCCUACGUGGAGGUGCAGCGAAAUGCGGAGGAAACGCCAGCCAUCCAGCUGAAAGAAGAGAAGGUGGAUUUGAGCGAAACGGAGCCCCGCUCGCCCCCCUGUGCUGCUCCCAGCGCGAAUCCCCCCGCAGAGUGCGUCUCCCCUCCAUCUCCCGGCCUCGUGGUCAUCAAGGAAGAGCCCCGUUCCCCAGUGCUCGUCAGCUCAGAGAUGGAAGGCGUGGACCAGAUCACCCACUGUGCUCACAGCACCACGCCAGAGCUGCUGGCCCCCCCGGCGCCAGCCUCUCCAGGUCCAGCCCUGAACUUCCGGUCAUCUCCUGAAGGGAAGUUCGAGUCCUGUCACGCCCACGGCGAAAAGCCCGCAGGCUGCAAAGACAAGUUGUCGGGCCUGGUCCAGACCACAGAGAAGACCACACUGGGGUCAAGUAACCACCGCGGCCUUUUACCAGACUCCAAAAGUCCCGUGAAGCUCCUCUCGCCGAGCAGGAGGGGCUCCGAGGACCGCGCCGACGUCCAGUCAACGCAGCCCGCGGCGGUUUUCAGCGUGCCCGCCUCUCCGUCCGAAACGAGGAACGGAAAGCGCGUCAGGAAGCUGAAGAAGAGGAAAGCGUUCAAGAAGGCCCAGGGGACGGAGCAGCCCGAGAGCAGCGACACCGAGCUGGACGAGGAGGCCUUCAGGCCCCGGUGGCUGCGGCAGCGCCGGAGAGCCAGCGGCGGCUCUCAGGUCAGCACCUCCAGCCUGCCCGCGGACGAAAGAGAGGCCGGGGCGAACCCGGAGGACGGCGAGAAGACGCGUCCGACCGCCGCGCCCGAGAAAAGAGAGCAGAGGUCAGCCAAACAGGCCUCAGAGCCCCCACGGGGGGCCCCCGCCGAGCUAAAGGAGAACCUCGACUCAGAAGAAAGCAUGGAGGUCACCAUGACCAGCCAGCAGCACCACAUGGACGCUCCACCCCCGCCUCUGCCUCCUCCUCCUCCUCCUCCUCUCUCAGCCCUGCUCCCUGACUCCUCCAGACCCGAGCCGAAAAAGCUGGCCUGCAACGAGGUCUCCUCCACCAGUGACAUCGACCUGUGCAAAUCGUCUGAGAGUGAUUUGCCGUUUGUCCCCGUUUUACCAAAAACCUCAUCAGAUGUAUCCUCUGACCACGGCGAGGACGAGACGCCGACAGAGGGGGCAUUUGAUGGCCACCAGGAGGCGGUGAACGCCAUCCAGAUCCACAACGGGCUGCUGUACACGUGCUCAGGGGACCGAACCAUCAAAGCCUUCGACCUGGCGAGCCACCAAUGCAUGGCCGUGUUCGAGGGGCACAGCUCCAAAGUGACCUGCCUGCUGGUGUCCGCCGCGCCCAGCCUGCACCGCCGCCUCUACUCCGGCUCCAGCGACCAGACCAUCCGCUGCUACAGCCUCAAGACACGGGAGCUAGAGCAGCAGUUCUCCCUGUCGGACCGAGUCCUCUGCCUCCACAGCCGAUGGAGGAUGUUGUACGCCGGCCUGGCAAACGGCACAGUGGUGACCUUUAACCUCAAGACCAACAAGCAGAUGGAUGUGUUCGAGUGCCAUGGGCCGCGCGCCGUGAGCUGUCUGGCCUCAUCGCAGGAGGGGGCCCAGCGGAUCCUGCUGGUGGGCUCCUACGACAGCACCAUCACCGUGAGGGCGGCCAAGAACGGCCUGCUGCUGCGCACCCUGCAGGGCCACACCAAGAGCGUUCUCUGCAUGAAGGUGGUCAACAAUCUGGUGUACAGCGGAGCCAGCGACCAUUCGGUGUACGCCCACAACAUCCACACAGGAGAGCUGGUGCAGGUCUUCCGGGGCCACAGCCACGCCGUCACGGUGGUGGCCGUCAUGGGGAACACGAUGGUCACCGCCUGCCUGGACAAGCUGGUGCGCGUCUACGACCUGCAGACUCAGGACCAGCUGCAAGUGUAUGGUGGAUACAACGACAUGGUGUUGUGUAUGGCACUCCACAAGAAUAUGAUCUACACAGGCUGUUAUGAUGGCAGCGUGCAGGCCAUCAAGCUCAACGUGACCAACGGCUACCGCUGCAGGUGGCACGGCUGCGCCAUGUUAUUCGGGACGUCGGAGCAUCUGCAGCAGCACCUGGUCAGCGUCCACGCCGGCGCCAAAUUCCUGACGCUCAAGUGUCGCUGGAGGAACUGCCAGGAGUAUUUUUCCGCGCGCGGCAGCCCCAAUACGCUGUCGCUGCACAUGCAGAAACACGCUGAGGAGGACGCCAAAUCGGAGCCUUAG